ACUGCCGUUGUGUCUUGUUAUCAGAAUUCUUCAGAUGCUGACAGGCUGUUUUUGUGGACAACCGCUUUAAUCACAAUCCUGUGUUUGUCGUGUAGGAUGGCUUUCCAUGGAUCCUCUCGGCCAACAGUGUGUGGUAACUUGUUCCCUGGAUCAGAGUUAGGCCACAAGUAUUUUUGUGUCAACACAACGACCGGCACUACCUCAACUGGCCUCAGCGCAACACCAAAUCCGAGCGGACCCAACGCUCCCGCUGGGACUCCCAGACACCCGGCGUCUCUCGGGGGCAGCGCAGGUGGAGGGGCGGCCAUCCCACAACCUCACAGUAACCCGGCAAGUGAGGUUCCAAGUCCUGCUGAAAUGGAGCCUGAUCGGCCAAUCGGUUAUGGCGCAUUUGGAGUGGUGUGGUCAGUGACAGACCCCAGAGAUGGCAAACGCGUGGCCCUCAAAAAGAUGCCCAAUGUCUUCCAAAACCUCGUCUCCUGCAAGAGGGUUUUCCGCGAGCUGAAGAUGCUUUGUUUCUUCAAGCACGACAAUGUGCUGUCAGCUCUGGAUAUUCUGCAGCCUCCACACAUCGACUACUUUGAGGAAAUUUAUGUGGUGACAGAGUUGAUGCAGAGUGACCUCCAUAAGAUCAUCGUGUCUCCACAGCCCCUGAGCUCUGACCACGUCAAAGUCUUUCUCUACCAGAUCCUCCGAGGACUGAAGUAUCUACACUCAGCUGGUAUUUUACACAGAGACAUUAAACCCGGCAACCUGUUGGUCAACAGCAAUUGUGUGCUUAAGAUUUGUGACUUUGGCCUGGCGAGAGUGGAGGAGCUGGACGAGUCGCGUCACAUGACCCAGGAGGUGGUGACGCAGUACUACAGAGCGCCAGAGAUCCUGAUGGGGAGCAGGCACUAUUCCAACGCCAUCGACAUCUGGUCUGUGGGCUGCAUCUUUGCCGAGCUGCUUGGCCGACGCAUCCUCUUCCAGGCCCAGAGUCCCAUCCAACAGCUGGACUUGAUCACAGAUCUGCUGGGGACUCCGUCUCUGGAGGCCAUGAGGACGGCGUGUGAGGGAGCCAGAGCUCACAUCCUGAGAGGACCACAUAAACAGCCCUCACUUCCUGUCCUGUACACCCUGUCCAGUCAAGCAACCCAUGAGGCCGUUCACCUCCUCUGCAGGAUGUUGGUCUUUGACCCAUCAAAGCGGAUCUCUGCGAAGGAUGCCCUGGCACAUCCGUACCUGGACGAAGGGCGUCUGCGGUACCACACCUGCAUGUGCAAAUGCUGCUACACCACUUCCUCUGGCCGCGUCUACACCAGUGACUUUGAGCCUGUCACCAACCCCAAGUUUGACGACGGCUUUGAGAAGAACCUGACGUCAGUUCGGCAGGUCAAAGAGAUCAUUCAUCAGUUCAUCCUGGAGCAGCAGAAGGGGAAUCGGGUACCGCUCUGUAUCAACCCCCAAUCAGCUGCCUUCAAAAGCUUUAUCAGGUGAGGCCGCCGAAAGAAAUUGUUUAAAUA